AAUUUCUUGUGACUUAAAUUUAUAGUUUAAUUACUUGAUUAAGCAUUUGCCCAGGCAUGAAUUGGUUUACUUUGGGGGACAAAUCAGAAUACACCCAUGUGAACAAUUUAGAUAAAGAGUCAACUCAGUCAAGUCAGUUUGGUUCGGACCGUCCCUGCUUGUUUCAUUAGGGGUGUAGUAUUUUUGUAAAUUGUAAUCUUUUCAGUUUUGAACACAAGAGUUUUGUUUUCUUGGGGUACAGGACUACCUUUGUUCAAACACGGGAUAUUUUCUGGGUCAAAGUACGUACUGUCAGCGUUUGUCACUAUACACAUGUUUGUCUUGCGCUCGAUUGUUGCCAGUUCAGGCGGCAGUCUGUGAUGUGUAUUUGUUGAUCAAAUUCAAGUGUAUCGAAAGUCGAAUCCAACAAAAAUAAACAAGUAAUUAAUAUCAAAAUUUGGUCACACGAAAAACAGAAAGGAAUGAAAUUCCUUAGGUCUAUUAUAGAUCAAAAUGAGCACCACUUUUAAAUUAAAUGCUGAUGCGUAAUCAGGCCUCAAAUUGACGUGGUCUACGUGCCUGUCCCUCCCUGUCCACGAAUCAAUGCCAUUUCGUUCACCUCAGAAGUCAGCUUUUGUCACGCCACCGACAAAUACCGACACAAACAUACAUCAUUAGCGGAACUACAAUAAGCGUCAUUCAUAUGACCAGCAGUCCAGCAUUAUGAUUAGUUAAAAAAAAAACGUUUCUAUUAGCCACCGAUUUAGCAGAUUAAAACAGAAGAACGAAAGUUUAAAAGUUUCUAAACUUUGGACUGGUAAUUCCUGACACAUCGUCCACUAAAAUAAAAAUUUAUAUUUUAAACAAUGCCUCUGUUGUCACUGGAUCAAUUCAAUACAGUACAUGCUGUAAGGUAUGCUGCAUCUUUCCUGCUUCUUGUAUAAAAGCAGGGGAUGCCAAACGUAUUGUCACACUUUGACUAUUAGAUUCAUUCGAGACGAUUGUUUUCCUAAAGUAAAUCCUUCGAAAUGAAUUGUCGAAUCAACUUACUACUUGCAUUAAGUGUGCAAUUCGUGUGUCUCGUUUCUGUUCUGGAAGCCUAUUCAAAUGGAGAUCUGACUGCCGCCUGCUCCACCAUGGCUCCCGUGCACGACGGGACUGCUCCUAGUACCGAUCCUUGCCCUUAUGAAACGGUCCCAUCACAGACGACGAUCGUUCAAGGAGGAAGUCUCACCAUCACAUUACGAAAUAUCACAACAACUUCCUUCAAAGGUAACAUGACAAUGGCCUUCGAUGCCUCCAAAUCGGACGAGGCUGGACCAGUCGGAACGUUUGGUAUGCCGACUGACGGCCAGAUAUUGAGCUGCCCCGAUGGUGUAAAUAAUACUAUUUCUCACCAAGACAACAACAGUAUCAAGAAGUUCGUGCAGGCCAUCUGGACGGCACCGGUUGAUUUUGUCGGCUCUGUCGUCUUCAAGACGACAUUUGUGCGAGGAGAAGCUAUUUACUGGGUGAAGGAACCAUCAACGGAAAAUGUCGCAGUAACAACUUUUUAGUUUAGUUGUUAACACUUUGACUGAGUUUUGACAAUUUUGUAGUUGGCAUAAUGCACAUGCUUUAGUGUAAACAAACUUAACGAAAGCUUACUAGGGAAUGCAUUACAAAGUGCUAUUCGAAA